AUUGGAUUUACAAGAUAUAGAGAUUUUAUAAUAAACUAAAUUUGGAUAAAUAUUUUUAUUCAUUUUUACUGUAUUUUGGAAUUGCGAAAAGGUUGGAAUAUUUAACAAAAAGCAUAUAUUUUAUAUUUAUUAAAGUGGGAAUAUAUUUUGAAGUUUAUGGAUGAAACCGAAACAAUAUUCAAAAUUAGAAAAAGGAAAAAAGAAAAAACAGAUAAUUGUGUUAACAUUAAAGCAUGGCGCCAUGUGUUUGAAUGCAAUUCUGACGCCUAAAUUGAUUCCCAUUUCUUUCAAAAACUCCCCAUCGAAUCCAAACCCUUAUUCUUCAACAAACAAAAUUCGCAUUCGCAUUCGGUUUCCGUAUGGAUAAUCAAAAUCCUCAGAAUGAUCCGCCGCUCCCGUCGCUCCCGUCGCCGUCAUCAUCAACGACGUCGAUUCUGGACGCUCCUCUUAACGCCGUAGGUUUCGAGAUCGAAAUCAUAUCUCCUAACAGAGUGUUUAAGGUGAUGCACGGGGGCGUAUCUGCGAUGAUAGCGGAAGCGCUGGCGAGUCUGGGAGCACAGAUAGCGUCGGGAUUCAAAAGAGUGGCGGGAUUUCAUCUAAGUAUUGAUCAUUUGCAAAGUGCUAAGAUGGGGGAACUUGUUCUUGCCGAAGCUAUCCCUCUUUCUGUUGGCGAUGCCAUUCAGGUGUGGGAGGUAGAAUUGUGGAAGGCCAAAAGUUCAAGCAUAGAACGGAGGGACCUAGUGGCCUCCUCAAGGGUCACUCUUCUAUGCAAUAUGCCUAUUCCUAAACAUUCCCAACCCUUGGUUGACACACUCAAAACCUUUGCCAAGUUGUAAACAAUAAGUUAUUUAGAUUUAAUAACUUAGACUUGCGUUUUUCUUUCCUUCUAGUUUUUAACCAAACUCAAUGGUUGAAGAAUGUAGUAACCUUUAUCGACAGAUUAAAAAGUUCGAAUUAUAUUCUCGAACUCUAAAUUUUUUUUAUGGAUAAUUGUAUUAGCUAACAUCUUUAGUUGGUGCUACAUUUGUUGUUUGUUC